GAUGCUUUCAGGAGAGCAGUGAGCUGGUCAUGCUGCAAAUCGGCAGAAAGUGCUUUUUUUUGUCGGAUGUGUAUGUACACGCCGUUGUACACACUCGCCGUUAACUGAACGUUGAUGAUAGCUCACUGGGUGUGCUGAAGAGUCUCCGUUGCUAAUUAAGAAAACAAAGCACAAAAAUAGGUUGUGUUACUUGCGUACAAUUCUAGAUCCUUCUUGGACUGUCUGAAGAAGCAAUCCCAGCCGUCCACUUGGUGGCCUUAAGAAUCAGAUAGUUCUCUCAUCAGAAAGAACAGCAAUUCAAGAAAAAUGUUCGGGAGAGGUGUUCCGAAGAAGAGCGACAACAGCAAGUACUAUGAGAUCCUUGGAGUCCCCAAGACCGCCUCCCAAGAUGAUCUGAAGAAGGCUUACAGAAAAGCAGCCAUCAAGAACCAUCCUGAUAAGGGUGGCGACCCCGAAAAGUUUAAAGAGUUGGCCCAAGCCUACGAGGUGCUGAGUGAUCCAGAAAAGCGCGAAAUCUACGACCAAUAUGGCGAGGAUGCGCUCAAGGAAGGAAUGGGUGGCGGAGGUGGUGCCCACGACCCAUUUGAUAUUUUCCAGUCUUUCUUCGGCGGCGGCAGCCGUAGGCAGCGAAGGGGAGAGGAUGUGAUCCAUCCCCUUAAAGUUUCUCUGGAAGAUCUCUACAGUGGCACAUCCAAGAAGCUGUCCCUCUCCCGCAACAUAAUCUGCUCCAAGUGCAAGGGCAAAGGGUCAAAGUCUGGUGCUUCAAUCAAGUGUCCUGGUUGCCAAGGGUCUGGAAUGAAAGUCUCUAUUAGGCAUCUCGGGCCUUCCAUGAUCCAGCAAAUGCAGCAUCCUUGCAAUGAGUGCAAGGGCACCGGUGAGACCAUUAAUGACAAGGAUCGCUGCCAGCUGUGUAAGGGUGAGAAAGUUGUGCAGGAAAAGAAGGUAUUGGAAGUCCAUGUCGAGAAGGGGAUGCAGAAUGGACAGAGGAUCACAUUCCCUGGUGAAGCUGAUGAAGCGCCUGACACUGUCACAGGGGAUAUUGUCUUUGUCCUGCAACAAAAGGAACACCCUAAGUUUAAGCGGAAGGGUGACGACCUUUUCUACGAACAUACGCUGUCCCUUAUGGAGGCGCUCUGCGGCUUCCAAUUUGUAUUGACACAUUUGGACAGCAGGCAACUCCUCAUCAAAUCUCAUCCCGGAGAGGUAGUCAAGCCUGAUCAAUUCAAGGCUAUAAAUGAUGAAGGCAUGCCAAUGUACCAGAGGGCGUUUAUGAAGGGUAAACUAUAUAUACAUUUCACCGUGGAGUUCCCGGACUCAUUGAAUCCAGAACAGUGCAAGACCUUGGAAGCAGUGCUGCCUCCCAGGAGUUCUACCCAGCUUACUGACAUGGAACUAGAUGAAUGUGAGGAGACUACACUGCAUGAUGUGAACAUAGAAGAAGAAAUGCGCCGUAAACAAGGACAGCAGUCUCAAGAGGCAUACGAUGAGGAUGAGGAUAUGCAUGGUGGUGCCCAGAGGGUCCAAUGCGCUCAACAAUGAUUUGAUCGACUUGCUUAUAUCUUUUGAGAAAAUAAAAGUUGUGUGUUGGUGGGUCGGGUUUCUAUGUAGUUGUCUUGGUGUUUAUUUCCAGUUUGGGUUGUUUGUAGUCCCAACUAUUGGGAAUUUACAGAGUAGCUAUUUAGAACAUGAUCCUUAUUCUAGUUCAUCUGAACUGGUUGUUUAGCUUUAUAUUUAUAUGUCAUCUGUAAGUGUUUUUACAAAGUUGUACUGAUAUAAUCGUUAUUCAUAGCAUAUGAUCUUUAGCUACG